AUGCUGCAAGGGAAGAUAAAAAAGUUCAAGCUACCCAUUGACAAUAAUAUCGACAAUUUUUUAAAGGACAUAAGUUUAAAGAAAAAUGAGUUUGUGUACGGGUGUGGGGCGGAAGAUAUAGAAAAUGUGAAUCUGAAAGCUGAGUGUAUAAUUAAUUAUUUCAAUUUCAUCAAUGACAGUUACAGCAAUUUGUUACUUCUGUUGUGUCAAGAGGGAUUUGACAAUGUACUGAAUUACAUACGAAUAAGUGACAAUUUAAACGAUGGAGAACAAGAGAAGAUAUUCGGCUGUCUAACUAUUUUAAUUGAAAAAAGUGUAGACGUUUUUAAAAAUUUUUUUAAAUGUGUAGAAAAAUAUCACCAAAAAAAUGAAUAUUGUGAUAAUGGAGUAGAAAUGUUACAAUUUAUUGUAAAUGAAAAUAAUAAUAUAAUGAAUAUGAUCAUUCAGUGCUUGGAAGAUAAUUACAAAGAGUAUUCUGUAAAUGAAAAGAGAAAAAAAAAAUUUACCUUUUUCGAGAUCCACGAAAUAUUAAUCUCCUACUUUCAUGCGCUCACAUUUAUUUAUUUAAAUUUGUUUAAUUGUUAUUAUAAUAAUAAUUUUUGUAAUCAGCAGAAUAAUGAGAUGGUGGUUAUUAAUGUUCAGAGAGGGAGGAAAAAACUGAAAAAGGAUAACGAUGAAGAAACAAAUAUCCCUUUGAAAAAUAUGAAUUGUCUUUUGAACAACAUCAUUUUAUUGGUAAGCAAUAUAAACUUUGGUAUUUUAUAUGACCAGGUAAACAUUCCUGUGGUGGAUUUAUAUCUGCAGUUUUUUCUAAAUAUCUACACAAUUAAUCAGGAAAAUAACAACCUGUUUAACAUAAGUGCCUAUCAUGAUCACAUCUCCAUGAUCAUUGGAAAUUUGCUGAAGAUGUACAUUAAGGAAGAGAAGGAAAGUGGACGGCAUGUUGCUAUGUCCAAUAGGGGCGACAGGAACAGGGAGAGCGAUAAAAGUGAGGGGAAAAAAAGUGCUGCUUCGGGGUGGCAACACAGGGAUGAUUUCAGUGAGGAAUUAGGUGAAGAUAGUGAGGAUGCAAAUAACGACGAUAACGGAGGUGACAGUAGUGCCCAUCGAGGUGGUAACCAAGUUGGGGAAACGCAGAAGGAACCCGCCAAAGAAGAAGACAGCAAGAGCGAAAAGUCAGUGGGAGAAAAGUUCUACUCCUUCUCCUUUACGUAUAUUUUUUUAAACAACUGCAAAAAGUGCACCAACGUAAAUAUCUGUGAUGCCCUACUGAGGGUGAAGAAUACAGACAUUCCGGCAAUAAUUAUAAAGGAGUUUAUCGAUUACGUAAAGGAGAAUUCGCUUCUCUACUUAAACCUGAGUGUACAAACACAUGCACAGAAUGAAAUAUUAAAUGUGCUAAAUUUUUUGGAGUACUUAUCGAAAAAUUUAAGUUUCCAUCUGCUAUCAUUUUUGAAAGAUUUGACGGACAUGCUGGGUAUUGAUAUAUAUUACAUUAGAAAAUCCAUUUUCGAAAUGUUUAAAAAUUUUAUAACUUUGGCUAAGGCUAGUGAAGAAUUGAACGAGAGGGGAAACGGCGAUCGGGAAGGAGAAGAUGGUCAUGCCACUGGUGAUGGAAGGUUUAAGAUGAACAUGGACACAGGGGAGUUGGAACACGGGGGGGAGGAUGACACGGACGACAACGAUGAUGACAACGAUGAUGACAAUGAUGAUGGAGAGGAUGAAUCGGAGGAAACAGAACAGAACGACGAUAGCAGCGAUUUCUUCUCUCAAGGAAACGAUGAUGAGAGUGAAUUCUCCGAUGAGGAAUUUAAAAAGGGGAACGGGUUUAGAAAGAAGAAAGUAAACGCUAAAGGAAAGAACAAACGUGUUAGCAAGGAGAACUCGAAAAAGUCUUGCAUACUUAGGCAAAAGGAGCAAGGACAUAACAAAAAAAAAAAAAAAAAAAAAAAAAAAAUGAACGCAUAUUUAAGAUCAUUUAGAGUAAGCAUAAACGAAAGCAACAUCAGUACAUACAAGGAUAUUAUUCACAAAAUAGUUAUGGAGGAUAUUCCAUUUUUACAAUUAUGUUUUAGAGAGUGCUUAAAAAAUAGAGCCUUUGUUAUGAACGUGUUGAUGUCUAGGCAGCAUGAUUCAAAGCUGCAUGUACGAUGCCAUUUGUUAAAAAUCUUUCAGGAAUUAAUCGAAAAUAAUUUCAUCCCCCUUAAUUAUUACAAUAACUUGUGUUUGAUAUGUAGCGAGCGAAUAAAUGACAAAUCUCCACUGGUGAGGCAGAGGGCCUUUUCCCUGCUUUCAUGCAUAGCAAGUGAUGUGGUGAAGAAUAAGUAUGUUAUCCCGCUAAACACGAGUAGGAUAAAGAGGGAACUGGCGAACCUGACCAGGAGGCAAGAGGCGAUGAAGAGGAAAGAACAGUCAAAUGGGACGGGAAGGAAGAGAGUUAAUCUAUCAGACAGUGAUAGCAGUGAUGGGGGAGGGAGUAACAUAACAGAUCGAGAGCAACGAAACGGAAAAGCGCAAAAUGGUAGUAACCACAACAUUUCCACCGGAAAGAACAACGAAGUAGAAUUAAAGAAGAAUCACCAGAAUAAGUACGAUUUGUUAAUAAAAAUGUACAAGGAAGUUUUAUUCAUUUCGAUUAUUGUUGACGAUUGUGUGGAAUUGUGCUUCAGAUUAUUGUACUCUGUGGUGGAGACGGACCAAAAAAGUGCUAUUCGGUUUAUUAUAUUAGCACAUAUGUGCGGAAAUAAAAAGGCCGAAGAAGAAAUGAACAAAGUGUGGUCUCUAAUUUUUAGUAACAAUUCAAGUAUAGUAGAAAUUAUUAUUAGUGAAUUUGUAAAUGUAAAUAUAACUUGUGAUGACUAUCGAAUAAGUGCCUUUCGAUUAAUUAAUGUUUGUCUUAAUAGUAAGUUGAAGGAUCUGUCAUGUUUGGAGAAGAUAAUGGAGUGUCUAUUAAUGCAGGAGAAGUGCAACGUAAGUGUUACGAAAUUACUGGAUGAGUUAUUUAACAUUAUUUUUGUAGAUACGUUUAGUGAGAACAAAAAUUUAAUCAUCAAAGAAGGGGCUCUCCUGUUGAUGAAGAUACUUUGCUAUUCUAUCCAUACGGUUAAUUUAAAAAAAGGAAAAAAAGAACAUCACUUUGUUUUUAGUAACAAAAGGAAGCAUCUCAUUUUGGUAUUCAUCAAUCAGUACAAGGAAAAUCUUCAUUUUAUAAAUUUGUUAAUUUUAAUUUUGCGAUAUAAUAAGACGAAUAAAAUUGUACAGAGUUUACUUAUAAUUUUGUUUAACCUUGUUUUUGAUCAUAUAUCUGAUGGGAAGGGGGAGAAAAAUGGAGAAAAAAUUUCUGCAAUUGAGAUGACUCCCCGGGUAUCUUCCCCGGGGAGGACUAAAAAGGGGCGCAUCAGCAUUAACGGGGUUGCAGAUAACACGGAGAAUGGAGGAAUUUCUGAGGAGGUUUAUCAUUUCCCCCUGGAGGAUGACAGAAAUGUGUGGUUCAAAUGUUGUCAGUCCAUUGUGGAAAGCAUGUACGAACACUUUGAUGACUUCCUUGCCAUCUUUGCGAUGAAGAUGAAGAGCAUGCUUAGUGCCAUACUUUGUGAUGGAAACAAAAGUACAAAUGAAGAUUUGGCUGAGAGCAAAGGAAGGGACAGCUCGGCGUGCAGACUACGCAGUAAGGGAGUGGACGAAUCGGAAGAGAGCGCGUUAGAUAAAUCCAACAAGGUGUCCUGCUUUCUAUUAACCAAAUUUAUAUUUGUAUCUGGUCAUCUAGGUUUAUAUACCUACAUAUAUGCAGAAAAGAUACAAAAUAAUUUGAAAAAAAUCGCAUCUAAAAGUGACAGUAAUUAUGGAAUGUGCACGAAGGAAGAAAAGGACAGAGAAUAUUUCGACUACGUGGUUGAAAAUAUGAUUGUAUGUAAUAAUUUGUUGGGUAAAAAAAUUAUGCCUUUAAUAUUUUUAAUUUUGAGUAACCCGGAGAGUUUUUUUAAUGACUGUGUAGUUAAGGGAGAAGCGGAUACGGGGAGGAAGUGGCCUCUUAAAAAUGGCAUUUCCACUCCUUUUAAGGAUGAUUAUAAUGUGAAGGGGAAUAUCUACAUGCAUUAUGAAAUGUAUCUCCUAGUCCUGGUUUGUCUCCUAACUCUGUGUAAGUUUUGCAUAAUUUCGCAAAAGUUUUGUCAGAAUAUCGUGAAGGAUCACGUGUCGAUUAUACAGCUGAUUGUGUCCAUCAUAACAGAGGAGAGGAACUCCAUUUUUGAGUUGAAAACGGAGAUGUUGCUGGGAAGGGGGGGCACCGCGUCUAAUGGAGAUGAUACUGGGAGCGACGACAGCGAAGGUAGUGAGGGUAGUGAGCGUGAUGACAAUGGCGUGGCGCAUUUUGCGCAGUCCUCCUCUCGCAGGGGCAGAAGGAAGAGGGGAGUAGCAAAAAAGGAAGACAACCAUUUGUGCAUCGAAAAUGAGAAAUUGGAGGGAUUUUCUUCCACUCAGGAAGAGAGGGACAUCGAGGACGACCCGUGGAAUAUCUUCCGAAGCAGAAUAAUGUUCCGGACAAUUUCGAACAUACGAAAAAUGCUCCUAAUCAGUUACGCCGAUUUGUUAUAUAGGCACCCAAACCUGUUGGAGCCAUACAACAAGUACAUUUUUAAAGUUCUUAAUGAUAAGGACAUAAACCUGAGGAGGACAGCUGUAUCUGUCUUUACGCACCUUUUCAUGACGGACACAGUGAAGGCCAAAAAUAUUUUGCUUGUUCAUAUGAUGUACUUAACCAUCGAUAAGGAUGAGAAAAUAUCGAGUGGAUCCAAAUCGUUCUUCUAUGAAUUAGAUAGGAAGUCGCAUGUGACAUUGGUGAACAACAUAUGUGACAUGAUAUCCGUCCUGGCAAAAAAUGAAAAGAAAUUAAAGUACGAAAUGAAUAAAGAGAUUGAAGAAUUUCUUCUGAGUUUUAUUAAAAAGAGUAAAUAUAACGAAACGUUGGUGGAGAAAAUUUUUAAAAAAAUGAAGGAAGUCAACAUUAACAAAACUGACGCACUGAAACUGUACAUGCAGGUCUUUCUAAACAUACAAAUUGAUGAAAAGGUGUUGAGUAGAAUGAAUAAGUGUUUUCCUCUAAUUAGAUACAUCAUAAGGGAAAAUCAGUACAUUCAGGAGGCCUUCAUUCAUAUAUGUAAAAAGGCCACGGAGAAAAAGAGGGGAAGACCGGCAGAGGAAGGACAACACCAACAGCACCAAUUAAAUACAUCGAACAAUGAAAAGGGAAAUAACGAACGGGUCGAAAAUGACAAACUGGAAAAUAAAAUGAGGGAACUGGCUGAAGAUAUCCUAGGCAAAAUUGAGUCGACCACAAAUAAAUCCAAGAACGUUUCGAAUGCUCAUGGCAGUGCAAGCAAUGUUGUUUUGAAGGAGUCCAAAGGUAAGGAGGAUGAAGGGGAAUUGACCAUGAGCAGAAAUGAGGAGGGUGACAUAUAA